GGACAGACUAUCUAAUGUACAGAAGGUAUGAAGGCACCCCACCUGUCUAGUGACAGUACUAACCUAGCACCCCCCCCAAAAGCUGUUGACGUACAUGUCAAGAGACACUACAUUUCAAGUCAUCUACUACUACUGUUCGCUUGUCUUCCCAACCCACGACACCCACUCCCCGGUAGAACAAGUGAUAGUAGAGAGCUACUCCUAUCACUCCCAAAAUAAACCCCAGAUAUAAAUCCCAGAAAUAAACAAAAUAAGCAAGAAAGAAAUGGCUGCCCCCGAAGUUCAUCAUCUCUUCCACCAUCCCAUCGCCGACCACUCCUUCUCCGCCGACCGCAACAUUCUCGCCGUCGCAAAGGACUCGGCACUCGAGCUAUAUGAGAGGGCCGGCGGUGCCUUCAAGCUGAAGGACGAACUGAAGGGACAUGACAAGACUAUUACUGGUGUCGACAUUGCCCCCCACAGUGGACGCAUUGUCACCUGCUCACAGGAUCGAAAUGCUCUCGUUUGGGAACCCUCUCCCACCGGCUAUAAGCCCACCCUUGUCCUGCUCCGUAUUGCCCGAGCUGCCACUGCUGUGCGCUGGUCCCCCUCCGAAACAAAGUUCGCCGUCGGCUCUGGCGACAGGGUCAUUGCUGUCUGCUAUUUUGAAGAGGAGAACGACUGGUGGGUUUCCAAGCACCUGAAGAAGCCCAUCCGAAGCACCAUCACCAGCGUCUCUUGGCACCCCAACUCGGUCCUGCUGGCAGCUGGGUCAACCGAUGCUCAUGCGAGAGUCUUUUCCGCCUUCAUCAAGGGUGUCGACGCUCGCCCGGACCCAAGUGCUUGGGGUGAGCGUCUGCCUUUCAACACCGUGUGUGGCGAGUACCUCAACAACUCCGCUGGCUGGGUCCACUCCCUCGCUUUCUCACCCUCCGGCGACUCCCUCGCUUUUGCUGCCCAUGACAGCAGUAUCACUGUCGUUUACCCCUCGGCCCCUGACCAGCCGCCUCGCGCGGUCAUUAGUAUCAACACCCAGCUGCUGCCUUUCCAGAGCCUCAUCUGGAACGGCGAGGCCGAGAUCAUUGCUGCGGGCUACGACUGCGAGGCCUUCAGGUUCAGGGGAGAUGCCUCUGGCUGGCAGAUUGCUGGCACACUGGAAUCAAAGGGAAGACCUGGCUUGGGCGACGUCCGAGAAGAGUCUGCCUUGAACAUGUUCAAACAAAUGGAUCUCAAGGGCAAGGUCAAAGACGACACGCAGCUCAAGACGGUUCACCAAAACACAAUUUCCACAGUCCGUGUCUACGAGUCCAACGGCGACUCUGUGACCAAGUUCUCCACGAGUGGCGUGGACGGCAGAAUUGUCAUCUGGAACGUUUAGGCCGUAGAAUCAGCUGGUACCUCAAUUUGAGACGGACGUCAAAUUCAUUCGAUUUUCUAGACUUGUCUUUGUCUUCUACCCUUUGACCUCGUCGCCUCGCGCAUCACUGAUACCCUUCGGGGACUCCCGC